CCAAGAUUGGAUUUUCUCCUAAUGGACAGCCCGGAAAAGCUGGAUCGACUUUCUUCAAGAAUAUCAAAAUCUGGGUCUUCUUCGGAAUCAUCAGAAUCAUAUCCAUCACUAUGGUCUGAUUCACCAUUGUAGUUUUGUUGCUCAAGAAGCGCCAUUUUUGGUCUAUAUUUUCCUUUAAUCAGUAUCAGCCGAAGCACUUCUAAACAACGUUAUCUCUUGCAAUGAGGGAUAAUCGUAAUUGGGGUUUCCACCGGCCUGCAGAAUGCAAUGAAAAUUCAAGAAAAGGUGGGCGCAUUCAUCUCAGGAUUUGAAUACAGGAAUGACCGUUGCACUGCACACCGUUCUCUUUGACAUCACUGUACGCUCUUAUUAGCAUAUUGAGAUCAUCUAGUAUCAUCCACAUAUCUAAAUACCGGAGGAGAAAUUUAUGAUGCUUAAAAUCACUUCACGAUGUUCAAAUCCCAAACAUUUAGCAAUUUUGACCCCACCUUUAAUUUUCUAUUUCUACAUCAUAUUGACUGUUUCUAAUCUUCCAAGGUGCCCCAGCUGGACUUGUCUGGAAAAAUGGAAGAAUUUGCAUUCCUACUAGUUAUAACAUUAUUUGCUGUUAUUCAGGUUCUAGCAUGGUAUCUAAUUUAAUUGGUGACAGAUAUAAAUAAGCUAGUGUUAUUUAUCCAUAUGAGUCCCUGCAUCUAAAGGUAUCACCAGUCUCCAUUGAACUAACAGGUCUUAGAAUGGUGCAAAAGGAUUCUCAUGUUUGGUCGAAUUAUUUCAUUCUAAACAUUUCAGGAUGAAGCUUGUAGAUCUUCUGAUCAUGCACUACUGGCGCAUCCUGGUGGAUUGACGGAAAGUUCAAGAAAAACAUCUACUUCUGGCACACCAUGUCAGUUUGAUGGUAUGCCAGCUUCAGAUCAAUUGUGCAAGCAUAAUCAUCAGCAACACUUGCCAUUUGACAUGGGAAACCUUAAUCUGAUGCAUAAUUCAUCAGUACAAACACAUGGUUCAGGUCACUCACCAUCCUACAAUUCCAAUUUGGAGAAGGCUUUUGCUUCAAGAGAUACUUGGAUUGAUCCCAAGUGCAAGCCCUUACAUGUGAGGAGAAUGCAGAGGGACCAAACACAGUAUGCAGAGGAAGGAGAUUCUAACUUACCAAAUUCAAAUUCCUCUAGUGUUUCUGAUGCUGCCAGCAUUGGCAAAUCAUCUCCAUUAGCUAAUUACAUUAUAAAGGGCAGCACUUUUGAGAAGGGCAGUAACCAUGAGGAAAGUUCUCAUGGGAAAAUGGGUAUGAAUGACAUACCUGAAGAUUCUAGAUUCCAUUUUGACAUCUGUCCAUCUGGAUCCGUUAUCAAGCUAAAAGCCCCGCUUCAUCUCAUGAAUAGAGAAAAGAGGAAUGAAACUAAGCGCAACACAGGUGGACUCUGCAUUACAUCAUUGAGGCCUGGGAUGAUUUUGUUAAAGAAUUACAUUUCCUUCAAUGAUCAGGUUAAAUUGAUAAAGAAGUGCAAGGAUCUUGGACUGGGUCCUGGAGGCUUCUAUUUACCUGGCUAUCGUGAUGGAGCAAAGCUGAACUUGAAGAUGAUGUGCCUUGGUAAAACUUGGGACCCUGAGACAAGUACUUAUGGCGAUGAAAGGCCUUGUGAUGGCUCCAAACCUCCCAUUAUUCCUAAAGAAUUUUGUGACUUGGCUAAAAGGGCUAUAAAAGAUUCCCAUGCACAUAUAGAGAAAGACUCCAGAAAAAGAAAUGUGGAAGAUGUUUUACCCUCGAUGUCGCCUAACAUCUGCAUAGUCAAUUUCUACUCAACAAGUGGCCGCCUUGGUCUCCAUCAGGACAAAGAUGAAAGCCAAGAGAGUCUUCGUAGAGGAGUGCCCGUGGUGUCCUUUUCAAUUGGUGACUCUGCAGAAUUUUUGUAUGGUGACCAGAGAGAUAUUAACCAGGUGGAGAAAAUCAGACUGGAAUCCGGGGAUGUGCUGAUAUUUGGUGGUAAAGCUAGGAACAUAUAUCAUGGUGUCUCAACUAUUUUUCCAGACACAGCUCCCAAGGUUCUGUUAGAAGAGACAAAUUUGAGGGCUGGCCGUCUGAAUCUCACUUUUAGAGAGUACUGACGACAUUUUUUGUGGGUUGGAAGCUGGAUCAAUUCUUUGAACUCAACUGAAUUGUAAACUUAAAUCCUUUCUAUGUCCUUUGAUGUAUUCCUGCAAAGACAGGAAAUUGGUAAAUCGCCAAAAAGAAAAUUUGCAAGAACUUGAGAAAAUCAUGGUUGCUUAGAUCUAAAGGAAAUCACGUAGCCUUCGGUUUGCAUGGCUGCCAGACUACCAUAAUUGUGAA